AAUUACCAUGUAUCAGACAGUCGCUAGUUAUCGACAAGACACAUCCAAGCGAAUAAAAUAUCAGUACUGGCAAGGGUCGACUUAUUCACAAUAUUUCAAAGAAAUAGAAACAAAAUGAUUUCAGUUGUGGUCAUCUUUUGCAUAACAACAAUGGUGGCGUCUGCUCCGUCAGAUGUUAGACCGGUUAUUAACCCUGUCGCACCUGAUGGUCAUCAAGUUCAAGCAAGCGAUGAACCCAUUAAAGUUACUUCGGUCAAUUUCCCUUCUCAGAUCACUGACGACAAAAUGAAAUCCAAAAGAAUGUUUGACGUUGAACCCACAGGAUUCCAGCCAAACUAUUUGCCCGUUUCUCCUUCAGCGCUUCCGGCAUUCUAUUCCAGAGUAGGCCUACCUAACGUUUUCAGAAACUUUCCAGCAAGUUACUUCCCAGCCUACUACCCUGCCAAUUAUCCAGAUAACUACGGAUUUGGCGAAAAUUACGGAAUUAAAUCCGAUGCCGAGGAUUUACAAGACGCAUUAGGUGACGAGUUGCGCCUUGCUUUUGGUGCUUUUACUACUACUACUACUACUACUACUACUACUACUCCUAAACCUCCUUCUUCUUCUACUAGCGGUAACACCAAACCAAGUACCCCCACAAAUCCCAUGGCACCUAUUUUUAACACUUUGAUAGCCCUAAACAACAUGCAGAUGUUUAAAUUGUUUCUGGCGAAUACAGCAAUGCUUGUCAUGGGUUAACGGUCUGCAUCCACCGAAAACAUCAAGCCCAUUAUUGGGACUAUAUAAUCACUGUAUUAAAUUUUGUGAUCUAAUUUCAAUUUGCCUACUUAAUUCAAAUUAAAUUAUUAUUCGGAAAAGGAAAUAAACGGUUUUUGUCGGGGA